AACAUUGCUUGAGAUAAGAAAAUAAAACAUUUUAUAAUCAUUCAACAUGAAGGUCUUCAUUGCUUUACUAUUAGCUGCCCUCGCUUCAGGAUUCUUUUAUCUGUGGAUAAACACCCCGUUUCAAUAUACAAGCACAAAUAAAAAACCAGUAUAUUUUAAGAAACAUAAAUAUAUUCUCUACUAUAAUCAGUUUUGGGAUUCUGACAACUUUGGUUAUGGAUUUGGAAAAAGUCCUUUUAUUGUUAACAAUUGUUCAGUAAACAAAUGUUUCAUAACUAACGAUAGGUUGUUAUUGCCAGCUAUCGAAGAUUUUGAUAUGAUAAUAUUUCACACUGGUGGUGUAGAGGUAAAGUAGGAUUUUAGGAAAUUUAACAAAUAUAAUAAUAUCCACCAUAAAAUCAUCAGAAAUCCGCGAAAAUAGGAUUAGUUCAUAUUUAGAUUACUGCAAAGAAUUUUGACACUUUAUUUGAAAUAGGCCUGGUGAAGGGUCUCAUCAAAAUUUCUAAAAAGUCUGGUACAAAGUAAUUAAUUAUUUUGUAAAAAGAAAAGCUACAGAUUUAAAGCAAGAAAAAAGUGCAAAAAAACAAUUCUAUCCAAAAUAACCACUACAGUCAGUUAUGGACCAGGCUAAAUUUUUUAAUUCUGAAAGUGGCUUUGUUCAUCCGAUUUAGAGCAAAAGUAGAUAAAAUUCUAAAAUCUUAAUUUGUGGAUUAACAUAUGUAAAUAUCCAGAUAUACUCUACAUAUUUAAACAAUUAUAGAUUCAUAGCACUGAUACAUUUUGUACAGCAUUUAAAAAGAUUUAAAUCCAUAAUACUGGUAAAUUUUACUUUCUUCUAGUUUCUUACAUUUGCUAAAAUUUGUAGUAAAGUGUGAACAUGAGACAUGAGUCAGAAGCAAAUUAAAGAUCGUUUUAACUCUAUGAUAUCUUUA